GCCCUCCAGCCUUACAAAGGAACUCUUAAUUUCGUAACGAUGUCUGACUCGCCGUGGAACGCUGCCCCCGUGCCUGGCCAGGAGCCGCACCCGCCCAAGCCUGCUGCUACCCACGCGUCGCACACUUCGCACGCUAAAAAGGAGAAGGAGGAGCACGUCGUGUGGAACGCCGCGCCCAAGCCUAACGCCAGCACGGGCGAGAAGAUAAAGGACAAGACGCGACACGCGGUGGAGGAUGCCAAGGACUUCACGGCCAAGGUGACGGGCACUGUGGAGGGCUACAAGAACGACAGCGUGGCCAAGGUGAAGAAGAUCAAGGAGGAGAGGAAGGUGGCCAAGGAGGAGAAGAAGAAGGAGAAGAAGCACGAGAAGAAGGCCGAGGAGUCUGCCGGUGCCUGUGGUAUCUGCGGUUGCACCGUCAUGUAAUUUCAAGGUCAUGCCGGGAUCCAAAAUCAAUUUUUUACAGAUCAGCCGAGGUAGCAGUAGCUGUAGGCUCGUGUAGAAGCCCCCUCAUGGCUUUCGACGUUUGUUGCCUUAACCAAUAUGCCGUGGUCGUGCAUUGUCAUUUA